AUGGUUAUGGCCAGCGGCGGUGGCGGGCUGGUUCAGUCCCCGCCAGACAUGUUGCACCAUCACAACAUUAUGGACACUUCCUCCCAUGUUGAAAUGAUGCCCAAGAAGCUCCGUCUGUCUCUGUGCGUGGGCUGCGGCGGCCAGAUCCACGACCAGUACAUCCUGAGGGUAGCUCCUGACCUCGAGUGGCACGCCGCCUGCCUAAAGUGCCAGGAAUGUAGGCAGUUUCUGGAUGAGUCCUGCACCUGCUUCGUUAGAGACGGGAAGACUUAUUGCAAGAGGGAUUAUACCAGAUUAUUCGGGACCAAGUGUGAUAAAUGCGGUUCAUCAUUCAGCAAGAACGACUUCGUGAUGAGAGCUAAGACGAAGAUAUACCACAUAGACUGCUUCAGAUGCUGCGCAUGCGCACGGCAACUUAUACCCGGUGACGAGUUCGCAUUGAGAGAAGGCGGAGCAUUAUAUUGUAGAGAAGAUCACGAUGUUUUAGAAAAGAGCGCGAAUACAAGCGGCAGUAGCGCCGGCAACGCCGAAAGCAACAACAACACAACACUCAGCAACAACAAUUCACAUCACCCGCACGAGUUAGGAUCUAUGUCGGAUUCAGGCAGUGAAUCUGGUUCACAUAAGAGUGGAAGAGCAAGGGCUGGCGCUGCAGCUGAUGGGAAACCAACAAGAGUGAGGACUGUACUCAAUGAGAAACAAUUACAUACACUAAGGACCUGUUACGCAGCGAAUCCCAGGCCAGAUGCGCUAAUGAAGGAACAGCUAGUUGAAAUGACAGGCCUCAGUCCUCGCGUUAUACGAGUGUGGUUUCAGAACAAACGAUGCAAAGACAAGAAGAAGACUAUUCAAUUGAAAAUGCAAAUGCAGCAAGAGAAGGAAGGCCGUCGUUUAGGCUAUAUGUCUAUGGGAGUACCACUAGUUGCCGGUUCUCCUGUAAGACAUGAAGCGGGUUCCCUCGCUUUGGAGGUGACAGCCUAUCAGCCGCCGUGGAAGGCCCUAAGCGACUUCGCCCUACACGCGGAUCUUGAUAGACCCCAACAUAGUGCCGCCUUCCAGCAACUUGUGAACCAGAUGCACGGUUACGACAUCCCUUCCCUGCCGCCCCCUCGCCACGAAGAUAACUACGUCACAUAUCUAGAGAGUGAUGACAGUCUGCCUCCGUCACCCUAG